AGCUUGAUCCCACCAAAAUGAACCUCCGUUCUUUAGAUAACCGCGGGACUACCGCAUUCGGGUGGCACCACCACCACCCCUCUGCCAAUGCCGGGCAGCAAAACCACGUCACUGCACUGUAGCUAUCGAACUGCGACUUUAGGUUCUUGUGUGUUCUAUGCCUAUGGAAGUUAUUAUGACUUAGGGAAACCGCUUCACGGGCGCGCUGUGAGGGGCUGCGUAAUCUGUUGACAGCUGCGUUUUGCCUUGAGCGAGAGAAUGGAGGAAGGGGUCGGAACCCGGGGGGUUUAAAUGAAGAAAACAAAGUCAACAUUGAGAAAAGAAAGAGAGGUGACGUGAAAUGCGUUCUCACUCGUCUGUCUCUAGCCAACCAUCCUGUGCUCCUUUCAUGAGGGCUGUUGCAGGGUGCUCAAUGAAGUGAUUAUAGAUAGACCUAUCAAAUUCGGGACAUUCAGAGAUGGCAGGAAUGUUUGUUGACCAAAUCACAUUAGAAAUCCAAAUUCCUUAGGGAUUGUUUCCUCAGGAACUGUCAUACUAUAUAUCCUGCGAUCAAGUUAUUUAAGCGGCGGACAGGCUGUUGAUAAUUCAAAGAGGAUGGGCUGGCAUCAUGACAUGACAAAUCUAAAUUAGUUAUUUCAAUGUGGCAGGCAGAGGUAUAAGAACAUGCACCAUCUCACUUGUACAGAGUAUUUCAUCAGGGCAAUAGUCAAUAAUUACACAUAUCCUUGGAUUACUUGGUCCCUCUUUGAUAUCGGGAUGUUUAUUUAGUUCCAGAUUGCUUGGUGAGGCCUGAGUCAUCUCCGAAGUUGCAGGCUCUGAUUGGCCAAUCAGAUCCCGUCAACACCCCUCCAGGCUGCUUACAUAAAGAGCGGGCACCGUAACGAGUUUAGCGCAACCCUAAGUCGGGGAAACCCAAUUGGGAAGCCGCCAAUCACAGGCGUGUCUGGCACCUCCUAAUCAGGACUAGCAUGCGCUAACUGGCGCUAGCCAGCGCUAAACACGGCUCAAUCUCUCCGCGGGCCAGCCUCAGCCCAGCGCGACGACAUCAUCAUCAACCGCCGAAGAUCAGCAUCGACCAUCGACUUGCGCUGCCUCAGCCCCCCGCCGUGGCCUUAAAGAACUCAGACCUUCUCUUCUUCACCCUUUCUUCCCUUCUUUUAAUUCUCCUUUUUAUUCUCUUUUGUUUCGCCUCGUCCGUCUCUUCUUCGCCCCGGGGAAGAGUACCAUCCUCCCUCUCGUUUUGCCCAAUCCGUUCAACCUUGAUCUCCCUCCUAUUCGUGCAACGGGAGAGAGAUUAUAGGCAUCAGUGUGCUCGACAAAGACUGUAUGAGAGAGAGAGAUCUGAAUCUGGUGCCACUCUCUCCAGCGCAAUCCCUCCAAGGUUGCCCUUCUAUCUAUAGAAGCAGGUAACACCUUUCCCUACGCGCAUUUCUCAGCGUCUGGUGGAUUACUUCUAGAUACAUUAUUCCUGAGAUAUCUCUCCUGUAUAUUCAUCCGCCUCACAACUUCCAGCCCUUUUUCUUGUAUUCCUAGGGCAGAUAUACAUACAUACACAUCUAUACGUUCUUAACUCUUCCACAUUCUUUGCGUAAUGACCACCUCCUUCCACUAUCAAUCCCCUCGUGUCGAGGAGGACACUGAGUUUCUGGACCUAAACCUCCCCAAUGUUGCUUUUGAUGACUUCUCUUGCAUGCCCCAAUUUGAUACCUACCCCACAGCCGACUGCGAGUCGAUUGAUCUCUCUAAACUCGAUCAUUUUCCCUUGGAUAGUUCGCUCUGGGACAAUUUCAACCCAGACUUGUUUGCCUCUAGCGAGCCUUCCAUCCCUCUAUCUACUUCGGCCUUGAACGACAUCUGUUCCACCGACUUCAAUUCCCUCCCUGACCCGUCCUCCAUUUGGUUUGAUACUCUGCAAAUGGGUCAUGCCUCGCCCAACUUGUUCUCUCCUGAUUCCACUUUUCCUGAAUCCGCUCUACCCUCCCCCGAUUUAGAUGACUCCACCCAGCGCUUGAACUGGGUUAAAUCCACGCUCAAGGAUCUUGCCUUGGCCAGAGCAGCCAAGGAUACUCGACCUGUAUCGCAGAGGACGAAGCAGAUAGAUGCUUCAAUUGAGUUGUACCUGCAACUUCAAAACGAUAUUAGCUCUGGAUUCCUGGAAGACUGCAAUCCCUCUGCCCAGUCAAUGGUCUGGCAACAUAGCUCGACCACCCUAAGCGAUUCGUCAUUCGAUACUAACUCCUUCUCCGUGACUGGAUCCCCCGGUUCAUCAACUGGCACUGUCCCGGAACUCUCCCCCGCGUUUAUGACAAGGGCUGGGUCAGCAUCCGCCGGACCUUCAAGAACUACACUACCACCUGCAACUGGUGGAGUCGAGAUGGUCCUGGACAUGAAUCUGAACGAAACCACAUCUCUGCCGAGGAAGCAUCGCCCAAAGACCCACGAAGAGCGCCAGAGAUAUAUCGCUGUCCGUAGACAGGGUGCUUGUGAAUGGCACCGCAAGCAACGCAAGCGGUGCACAUGUGUCGACAAAACGGAAUCCGCCAUCACCACCGUCAAGCGAAAGAAGCUGAUGAAGCAUGUCCAAAACCCUUCACCGCAUUGUUCAGGCGCUAUCCUACCGCUUUCGAGCGGAGAUCGCUGGCGUCGCACCAAUGUCCGGCCAUCAAGCGGGCCGCUGGAAUCCUCGUCCCCACUAGACGGGUGCCCCGUUCCCAAGAUCACCUGGCAAUGCCACGGAGAACGAGACCGGCCAUUCGACGAUCCACAAUGCCUCGGAUGUUGUGGAUCGGAGGAACCCACGACGCCACCUCUUAUAAUUAUGGCCAAAGCCAGGUCUAUGCGCCAGGUUCACAAACCGAUUAUCAAUCGUGGAACACUGCAAUUGAUUGAGAGGCAAUCACCGAUCGGGUCAACGGACUGCGACCCGAGACAUGUCCUUCAAUCGCAUCCGCCAAACCUGCUGCAGACAAGGACAGAAACUCAGGCCCCGAUUCCAUCGCGUCCACAGAAUGCAGUUGGUUUGCCUGGGUCUUUCGGGCCAGUACAGGAUCUGCAUAUUCAUAUAAUUGCAAGUCCUGGACAGCCUUCCUCGUCCUUCAAUCCACAUCUCUCCGGCGGCAUCGCGGGAGAUACUCCAAUUUGGCCUAUGCUAGAGCAUUCUGGAGGGAGAAUCCCUGACCACAGGCGCGUCGACGCAGCCGUCUCUGCUCCUGCGUGGGCUGGAGACAGACCGAGGAAUUCACGUCUGAAUGUGGUACCGGAGCCACCAACAAUACGUGGAGACGUUGAGUCCGUCUACAGAGAUGGCCAGAGUAGGGCUACAAACCGCGCCCAAACCGAUGAUUCUUCAAUGGCCAUAGCGUCUCUACGCGUCGUUCGUCUAAUAUUGAGAACGAUAUUAAGGCUAGCUACGCGAUCUUCAUCUCUAUUUAUCCCUUGUUCCAAAUCCAGGCAACCAUUCCAUUCAAUUAGAAAAACGGGGAUGCCACAUGCCGUUCGAAACAGAUCAACUUCCCAUUCUGAAUGGCGAGAACCGAGCACCACCAUGUCGGUACUAUUACUAGCAUGGGGAUGCUUAUUUGUCUCCCCAAUCAUGUCAAUCGUUGCCUUUAUCCUCUUACCUCAUGUUACCCGAAACCUCUCGAAAUCGAACCAGCUAUCCAGGGCGGCCGAAAUUAAUCGCAUUUGCCACCAACGUGUGCAAGGCGAUCUAAGCCCUACCAGGGAGCAGUGCGGGGCGAAAAUUCCAGCCACUCCUACCUCGAUAGUCGGCAAACAAGCAACAGUGACAAACGAUAGGGAACACCUCAUUUCCAGACUAGGACGCCACAUAGAAGCCCAGCAGAGCAACAGCCCACUAAGCAGGAAUAUGCCAUCCAAUUUCGAUACGAUAGCCCGAAUAGGGAGAUCAACAAAGAACGUACGAAACAACAGGGCACACGCCUCUGAGAACAGCGCAGUUGCUUGUCCUGACGCCCUCAUGGCCCUAUCCCUCGCAAGAACGCAGUUCCGCUCUCAUCACGAUUACCCAGCACCGAUAGAGCCCAAUUCAGCUACCUCAAGCAGGAGCCAACAGUCAGAAAAACGGUAAUUUUGUUCGGGCUUCGAAGUCAACAUGUGGUAUGUUAGCAGCUGCGACGGAACCAGGAAGCACAAGCCCGAGGGUGGCGGUUGCUUUUGCUGAAUAUUUUGAUAUUCCGUGUGCAUCUCUUUUCACCCCUUCAGAUGCCGGACAAAAACAGAACGACAUGACAUCGCAGCCUCUUCGUCCCUCUUACGUCCAUGUUUACUUAUUAAGUUACUCCCCCCGUCAUCAUUUCCCCCAGCGCCUUCAACGGGGUAACUAUCCGCUUUCCGGCCUUUCAGUUUUUGUAUUUUGUCGUCUUAUUACUUACUCUAUAUACCCCUCAUUUAUUUAACAUUUCGGUUGCUUCUUGGAUUUAGCACCAUCUUCCUCUCGCACCUUAGCUAACAUGUCACGAAUUUCCCCUCCUCUGUCUCCUCACUGAGGCGAAUUGAUAUUCCCAAUGGUCCACUUAUUCUUUUUUUUUCCCCGCUUUUUACCCGUCCAAUCCAAGAGGGCCUAGGAUUAAAUAUAAGAAGCAGUGUGGGAGUAAACAACACAAUGAAUACUAAACGAAGGGGUAAAAUACGAUUAGGUUGGACAGAUCGACAAGCCUUGUUUUGAGAUUGGUUAUAUUCUUGAUACGGGCAGUGUAAAUUUUAUAUGCUAUUCUAGAGAUGAAUUAGUAUUAGAGAUAUCUAUUGCUUCUUCGUUCGCUUUACAUCAUAGUACAGCAAGUUUCCAUGGGGGAUUGCGGAUAACGAAAUUGAGAACAAUCUCAAGUUGUAAUUAUGUAUGACCAGAGUUAGAAAUAAUAAGAAGUGGUACGGAUGUCGGCUGUUUAUACGACCUACUCCAGCUGGAGAUCUUGAUAAUCAGGUAGUUUCUAGCUUCUAGGUCAUAGUUAUUAGAGUAAGGAGAAUAAUUAGUUAGCCUUUAUAAAAUAAAAAUAACAAAAUAGUAAUAAAAAGGGAGGUGCUCAUUUGGCACCUAUCCUCCCUGUAAAUAAAGGUCGCGAAAAUAAAAAAAAUAUAGAUGUCGUAUAGAAAAGAAAUGACAUAGGAGCAACCCCAUCCGCAAGCGACUCACGAGUCGAGUUUACUACCGGUGUCGUCUACGGCGCCGUCGGCGGUUCUCAUGCUCGUAGUGGCGCCUGUGGGAUACUAUAUGAGUACCCGGCUGAACCGUGAACUCCCCCGCACUUACAGGCUGGUUCGUGCUGUCAGCGCUGCUCCCGUUAUUGUUAUUGUUGUUGUUGUUGCCAUUGCCAUCACCACACUCCGCGUUAUCGUCAUCUAUGCGCUGCUGUCCCAGCACUCGGGGUAGUUUCUGUUUAAAGGAUUCAUGGACAUGCUUGGUAGCCUGCACGGCGCCGACCAUGCCACUCACCCCUGAACCCAUAAGGACAAAGGGGGCGAGGAUCGGGGCUGCCAGGGAGGUUGCCCAGAGGGUUAUCCCGAUCCACCCUGCGGUGGAGGCGGCAAAUGUGGUCGCUGCCGCAGCGUCUUGACCGUUACUCGGCGGCUGAUAUAUGUUCCCGACAUCUUUCAGGUCAAGAGAGUAGGCGUGGGUGUCGUUUAGGGUCGGUAGGUUAAACCAGACGUACUCCUUGGAGUCGUGCUUUAGGCCCUGGACAGUAAGCGGGAAUAGCUUGUCUGGGAAAAUCAGCGGAUCCUUGAUGAGCAUAGGUCGAUAGGCGGGGAUGAUGAGAUGGAACCGCGCUCUUCUGUUGUCGUCUCUGUCAAGAUGCUGUCUCAGGAAGAUCAUCCACAGGCAGAGGGCGUCCAGGUUUUCGGAUACGCCCAGGAGGUUCGGAGGGAGCGGGUUUUGAGAAACGAUGUCGAAGAAGUACCCGUGCCAGUCGGUGUCUGGGUGGUACAGGAAGUAGAAAUGCGGGACACCAUCUUCGUGAAGCAACGAGGUUUGAUGCCUGAUAACUUUAUAGACCUGCUUUGCGAAGGUUUUGGGAGCUUUCAACCCCGUCUGUGCCUGCAGCUCACGAUGGAUGUCACGGCCGAUCUCCUCAAGAGCAGACCGUCCCUGAAGAACCUCAACGAACUGAGCGACGACUCGCAGCCCGUCAAGGAAUGCCGAAAACAGAUCGAACGCGUUUUUGCGCUUGAAGAAGACGGCCAGAGAUUGUGCGCAUGUUUGAAUGCUGGGGAUGCCUUGCCUGACUGCGUCUCCGGUUUUCCGCAUUUCGUCCCGGUAUACUCUCCCAUUCCUCUCGCUGUUAUACCCUUCCCAUAUAUCUUUAACCCCUGCGGUUAGAUCAACCAGGUUUGGAAUACCGGGUAUCAGGGACCAUGCUUGGUUUGGAUCGCUGCCCCCGGGUUUGUGACGCCUUCCGGACGCUUUUCUCUUCCCCUUGGCGGCAGCGAAGAACUCGCCCAAACCCACCAUAUUAUUUUGACUGGUGUUGAUAUAUGGGUAGACCAGGGAUAUAUAGCUGCUAUGUUCCCAUGGAAGCUAUCGAAUCUGGUGGAGAGAGACUACCUGGGGCAACUCAGUAGUUAGUUUCGAAGGGGGAUUCAACUAAAUAAUAUGAUAUUGAAUCUCUGGACUAAAGAUAUACAUCAAACAAAUAUAGCCUGGACUUCAUACCUGGGAAUAUAGAAAUGUGAAUAUACACCGCCCAGCGUUACUAUUCUGACUCAACGGCGGCCCGCGCUCGGUCAAAUAUUGGGUGCGGAAGAAUAUAGAAAACAAGGAGACGAAAGUCGAUAUAACGAGCAGAAUACAAAAACACAUGAAACGUGCCCUCUAAUCUAACAUAGUGCAUUACUCCAGUCGGUCCCAGCAGCCAGUGCGAGGCCACCAAUCCGCGGCGAUUGUUGUCUCUCUGAUAUCCAAUUGGCACCACGUAUAUUUUCACAUACAUGUUCCUCUUUCUCUGUGAUAAAAUCAAGGAUGACCUUCUCUGAAAAGGAAAGCAGAAAAUUAAGCCUCGCAGAUUAGAAUGGUUAUGUUAUAACCAGCCUUGAAUUCAGAGGAGACGAACGUGCAAACCAUGAUAAGCAGACGACACAGUAUGCCAUGAUAUCCACAUCUGCAAAAACGGUACGCUUUGGAAGCAGAUAACCAGUAUUUAUGCUCUGUGUAGUAGCGUCCCCAUGACGGAAAGUUACAUGCGACUGUCUGGGGAUGGUUCGAUGCGAGAUGCAGGUUUGCGCAGGCUGCUUGCUACCUUUAAGAUAUACUUGUUUCGAGAGCCGAAGAAAGCGAAUAUAAAAGCUUGCUAAUAGUAAAAUUGAAGGCCGAAUGAAGUAUUAUAAGCUGCUUUUCAGAAGUUGAUGUUUGAAUGUCAGAAUGACUCUUUAGCACAGUCGUGUUUUCUGUGCGGUCAGAGUGAAGCUAGGAUUAGGGUCCAUCGAGGGGAGGAAUCCGAGAAUAUAAAGAAUAUAAAUAUCAUUACUAUGAGCGAGACUGGUGAUACAAGAUGGUUAUGUCGAGUUGAGUGUGGGCUAUGGUUUGCGUUAAAGUAGUAGUAACCUUCUACAAAACUGCC